UGGAAUAUAAGUCAUUAUACUGAUAUUACAGCUUGCCACUAAACAGUGUAGUAGUGUUAAGAGAUUAAAAUACGAAGAAAGUAAAUAAAAAAAAAAAAAACAUAAUGGGAAAAAUAUUUUAUAUUGUGUUUAUCAUAACGUUUUGUGCAUUUUCUGAAGUGAUGAGCUUACAAUGUUACGUGUGCAAUAAUUGUGCUGAAAUUUCAAGUCAACAACUGCAAACUUGCGGAGAGACUGAUAUAAUUACGACCACUGUUCUACCAGAAAGUACUUCAACUACAAGUACUCCUCCUACAGAUAAUAGUACAACACCCGUAGAUAAUUCUACUACCAUUACAACUCCAGCUACGCCUCCUGUAGAUAAUAGUACAACACCCGUAGAUAAUUCUACUACUGUUACAACUCCAGCUACACCCCCUGUGGAUAAUACUACAACUCCUGUAGAUAAUUCUACUACCGUUACAACUCCAGCUACACCUCCCGUAGAUAAUAGUACAACACCCGUAGAUAAUUCUACUACUGUUACAACUCCAGCUACACCCCCUGUGGAUAAUACUACAACUCCUGUAGAUAAUUCUACUACCGUUACAACUCCAGCUACACCUCCUGUAGAUAAUAGUACAACACCCGUAGAUAAUUCUACGACUGUUACUACUACAGCUACACCCCCCGUGGACAAUAGUACUAUUCCUGUAGAUAAUUCUACUACCGUAACGACUCCAGCUACACCUCCUAUAGACAAUAGCACUACACCCGUAGAUAAUUCAACUACAGUUACUACUCCAACUUCACCUCCCGUAGACAAUAGUACAACUUCCACAGAUGUUAAUACUUCUUCAAGAGUAAAACGAGAAGCUCUGAAUAAUGACCUUUGUGUUUGUAAAGACAUAAUAAACUGCGACUGCAAUAGAUGGCAUUCUCGAAAAAAAAGAGCUGACUCCAAUAACAUAAUCACAUAUGUCUGCGUUAAGGAUGAAGUGACCGUGAAUGAGACAACUAUUAUCAAUAGAGGUUGCGCUGUUCUACAAAACACCACGGAGGCGACAUGCACAGGAGCAAACUUUUCUUCCAGUUGUAAUACUUGCGACACCGAUGGAUGUAAUGCGGCAGUAACAUAUAAAUCCUCUUUAGCUGUUCUAGUUUCCUUAUAUCUGUUAUCGUUUGUUUAAUUUAAUUAAUAUAAUGUUCAUUAUUCUCUUGUAUUUAAAUCACAAGGGUUGCAAUGUUUAUACACAUAUUGUGUAAUUGUAAAUUUAAAUUAAGUAGAAUUGAUCAAUGAUAAUGUAAUAAAAAGGAAAAUAUAUAUAUGUCGCCAAUGCACUGAAAGUAAAACUUGAAAAUGAAGUUAACUUAAUAUGUCUACAAUAUUUUUGUAACUCUCGUGCAAUUAAGGAUUACCAUAGUCAUCUUUUUUAAAUAUUCUUAUUGUUAUUAGAACAACACACCAUGCAUUUAACAAACAAUUUAAAUUGUUCGUUUGUUCCUUAAAAAAUUGGCAUUGAUGGUGUAAAUUGAUGUUAUUUGGUGGAAAUUAGAGUUUGUUAUCAAUCGAAUAAUCAUUUUAUUUCACUAUUUUAAUUUUAUGUAGUACAUGCCCAAAUGCAACUAGGUUCACCAAGGUCCAGAAGAUUUCUAACGCUCAAUUUAAGGCAUUUGUUAUAAGGUGUUACAGUAUUAAAAAUUGUGAUAGAUAUAGUGAGCCUUUUUGAAAUUAUAAGAGUAAGUUAUUUAUUUGUUUCAUUACACUUUAGCGGGUCAACCAAUCAUCAUAAUAUUUUGUACACGAGUACAGAAGAAGUCUCUCUCCUUUUGUAUUCGUAUAAAAAAUAUUAUAACAAUUAUUAUUAAUAUAAUAAUUUCCCGCAAACGCGGUGUAAUAAUUAUUAGUGAAUUAAUUUACUUUUUAUUUAAAUUACAAUUGCAAUGCUUGUUUAUUUUAUUUAUUUAUUUAUAUUUAAUUUAUAAGUAUUAAACUAAUUUUUUUGUUUGUUAUCUCUUGAUUACUUAACGAAUCGACCGAUCGCUAUAAAAUUUGUCAUGCAUAUAGUAUUUGUAAGUUGUCCAUAAUAUGUCCCAGUCAUGCGGACUAAGUCACAUGAACAACUAGUUGAACAACAAUUUCACAAAUAAAUAAGUACUAUACUAUCUAA